AUGAAUCCAGGAAACCACACAAGUGUCUCCGAAUUCCUCCUCCUGGGUCUCUCUGAGUGGCAGGAACAGCAGCCUCUCCUCUUUGGCAUCUUCCUGGUCAUAUACCUGGUCACUAUGGUGGGGAAUAGUCUCAUCAUCCUGACCGUUGUCUCUGAGCCACACCUCUAUACCCCCAUGUACUUCUUCCUGGCCAACUUUGCCCUCACGGACCUGUGUUUAUCAUCUACCACAAUCCCCAGGAUGCUAGUGAACAUCCAGGCUCACAGGCAUACCAUCUCCUAUGCUGGAUGCCUGUCUCAGAUUUAUUUCUUUCUGUGGUUUAUUGGUCUAGACGUUUUCCUCCUAGCAGUGAUGGCAUAUGACCGGCUUGUAGCUAUCUGCCACCCCCUUCACUACAUCUUGGUCAUGAGUCCCAGAUGCUGUACCCUGCUGAUGGUCAUGUCCCUAGUCCUUGCCCAUUCCUAUUCUCUAACUCACACCAUUCUCCUAGCUCAGUUAUCCUUCUGCACUGACAAUGUUAUUCCUCACUUCUUUUGUGAACUUCUCCCCCUGUUGAAGCUCUCUUGCUCCAGUGCUUAUGCCAACCAAUGUGUACUGAUGUACUGGGGAGGAGCAUUAACUGUCUUGAUCCCCUUGCUAAUCAUUAUUUCAUAUGUCUGCAUCGUGGCUGCCAUUGUGAGAAUCCCAUCAACAAGUGGAAAAUGGAAGUCUUUCUCCACCUGUGGCUCCCACCUCUCAGCAGUUUGCUUAUUCUAUGUGUCUGCUAUUGGGGUGUACUUCACCCCCUCCACUGUUGAUUCAGCCAGCAAGGACAGGAUUGCAGCAGUAUUGUAUGCUAUUAUGACCCCCAUGCUGAACCCAUUCAUCUAUAGUCUGAGAAACAAAGACAUGAAGACUGCUUUGCAGAGAUUCCUGAGAAGAAGAGUGCUACACAUCUCAUGA